AGAACAGCCACUCUUAUCACUGCUGCGCAUACAGCGGCCACCCCCGUCCUCCGCCUACACCCCCUCCCACUCUUAGGCUGACCUGAGAAGCCCACGGAAACCGCGAAGGAGCCGGGGCAGGCUCAGCACGGAGUCAAAAGAAGGAGGGGGAAGGAGGAAAAAGCCAGUAUCUCCCACCCCCGGCGGAGGGGGCGGGAAGCCGAGAGCUGCGGGAGCGGGGCAGCUUGUUGGACUUUGUGCAGCUGCUGGGAGAGCCGAGCUGCAAGGAUGCUGCUCCCGAGAAGCUGGCGCGCGGGGCUGCGGCUGCAGCUUUGGGCGACCCUGAUCGGUUUGCUGAGUUUGCUGUCCCAAGAAGGAGCAGCAACUGAAAGCGAAAACCUCCAGGAAAUGAUGACACUGCCAAAAAAUGACCUCCUUCCUACCACUUCUCCACGGACAGGAACAGCAACUAUAGAAACCUUUACGAAUGCCCAUCCCAGUCCAAUCCCUGGCUCCAGCUCCAGCCCUAGUCCUAGUGUCACUUCCCCGAAGAGCAGCCCAGCUCCAGGGAGUCCACAGUCAACCACGCUUAACCCAGAAACCUCAAAGCCUGACACUCAGAAUCCCGUAUCUACCUCUGGAGUCAGCCUAACCUCUGCACCUGGGAACUCCUCUGCCCUAAAUGAGACUUUUCCAGUCACCAUGGUGCCCACCACCCACCUGACCACAGCCAAUUCCUCUUCUCCAGAGGAGACAGUAAUGACCAGCAUGGCUGAGACCACAUCAAGUCCACUCUCCAACGGUACCGACCCUACAACCAUUUCUGCAGAACCAUUACUGACUAGUAUGGUCCCAGUUAUAAUUGAGAAACACAUCAAAUGCUUACAAAUCAAACAAGUACAAGCAUUGAAGGGCAUCUGCUUGGAGUUGAACGAGACCUACAGUUGUGAGGAUUUUAAAAAGGCCCAGGGAGAGAACCUAACCAAGGUGAUUUGUGAGCCUAAGGUGUCUGAGUUAGAGGCUGGGACCCAGGACUGCUCCAUAAUCUUGGCUCAAUCUGAAGUAAAUCCUAGCUGCCUGUUCUUGGUUCUGAAUUCAAAAAGUGACAUUUCUCACAUGCUCGAAGUCAUGAAUAAGCACAAGUCUAACCUGGAAAAGUUAGGGAUCCAGGACUUCCAGGAGCAGGACAUCCGGAGUCACCAGAGCUAUUCCCGAAAGACAUUGAUUGCCCUGGUCACCUCAGGUCUCCUGUUGGCAGCUCUGGGCACAGCUGGCUACUUCCUCAUGAACCGUCGGAGUUGGAGCCCUGCAGGAGAGAGGCUGGAGCUGGAGCCCUGACCUGUUCUUCAGGAAGAAUGGAAUCUUCAAAUACAGAUGUCACCCUUCUCCUCCUCUUCCCCUGUCUCUUUGGGACUCACACCGAUUGAUCCCAUACUUUCCUGCUUCAAUAAUGCUCCCUUUAUUUAUAUACUGUCUAGGGAGAAGACCCCUAUUACACGGAAAAUGGUGGAGGCCAGGGCUAUGGUGCAGGCUCUGGGGCCAGCCCUGAUUCACAGGAAAAGGCCAGUCAGAACCGAGGGGCCCAAGAGAAUGGGACCAGCCAGGCCACAUCCAGCAAUGGCCAUUCGUCAAGACAGCAUGUGGUGGCUGAUACCGAACUGUGAUGGGACAGGGAAGGGCUUGGAGCUGGUGGGGCCAGGGGAAAGCCCUUCCCUCCCAGAGAGCUUUACUGCCCUGCUGUCCACGUAGCACCCCACUUCCCAAAUUGUUCUUAGCCCUUAUCCUUCUCCCUCUCUCUCACAACACGUAACUUUUUUGUGUCCCUAAGUUGAGUUAGGGGGAGGAAUUUCUCUUAUUACCAGAUGUGCAGGUGAGUGGUGCCUCUUUACCACUCUAUACAGAGUGCCUGCUGGGGACCCUAACUCUUACCUUGGUCUCUCUGGGGCCAGGGUGUGACAAGAAGGGCGUGAAGCUCCAGAGCCCAUAUACAGGACUCUAUAAAUAGGGACGGGGCUCCUGGGGCACGAGCCAAGCUCCGGAUGAAUCUCUCUCUGCUAGACCAGAGAGUUAGUAUCUCUGCCACACUGGUCUGUUUCCCCAAUUCUACCUCCCCCGACCCCGGGCCCCACUCUUUUACUGCUCAUUCCUAGGAAGAGAGGAAAAGUUGGGGCUGCCAGUGCUUCCUGUGUAGGAUGCCCAUUAUUCAGGGCUUUUCCUUCCACUUUCUUCCUUUCUGGUAAGGAAGCCACAUUAACCACUUUCUGUCAUUCCUGCCUAUAUAUCAAAACUAAACAACUUGCUUUUCCCCAAAUGUUUCUCUCCGUCCUCCUACAAAACAGAAUUCCCUAUCCCUGCCUUCCCUCUUAAGCCCAAUACAGCCCAGCCAUUUCUCUUGUAAGCAGAUAUGCCCAUGGGCAGUCUCUGUGAGAUGGGGAUUAGAACUAGCCAGAUUCUUUAAAAAAUUUUUUGGUCUGUGCUUAUGCAUUUGUAGGGGUAUAUACUGGUAUGUGGGGACAUAUCAGUGAUGGAAACUUGUGCUCAAUCUUGGCCUCCUCUGUGGAAAGUGGGGGUGGGGAGUAGAGACCACAAACCUCUUCUUCUUGGGCACAGGAAGCUGGGGCAAGGGGCCAGGCCUUUUGCCAGCUCCUGUUGCCUCUGGCUUUCCUAAGGGCCCAAACAAGAGCCUUGGGAAAGCAAGAUAACAUUGUUUCUCGCUGUCUCAGCCUUGACCUCUGACCUCCAACACCUAGCCCCUCCAUCCCAGGCAAGGUCCUUAUCUCUAGCUCUCAGCAGUUUAUGUUAGUACCAUCCUCUUAUGAGCCUCAGUCCCCCAGGUCCCCAUGCCUCCCCAUACCUUUCACACCUAGCCCUCUUUGCUCACCACCAGGAGUCAGCCUCUUGGGAGAAAAGAAUAGAGUAGUUCUGGGGAAGGAAGAAGCCAGAAUCCCUGGGGUCAGGAGCCCUUAGAAGCAUCAGUUUCCAGAGGCAGGGAAGAUGGUUGUAGUUUUCUGGGUUUUUUUUUUUCCCACCUUGAAAAAAAUGUUUGUAAAUACUGUAAUUAAAGUGAUAGUAAAAUGGGUUUGUUUCUAUUU